CAAGAGUAACUCCCGAUGACUGGAGUACCAACUCAAGAUUUCCACAAGGAAAAAAAACGCUUUAUAUCGAUACAAACGGCCCCGGCGUUUCUUCAGGAAGACUUCAGUCCCUUCACUGUUGCUGAAUGAAGAAGUGAAUAAUCUGUGUUCGCAGUCAUGGCUGUCCAGGCUGGCAUCCAGGUAUGGUUUGGCGAGAAGUUCGACGCCCCCUUGCUGAGCCCCAGGAGCCCUCGCAGCCCGUUGGCACAGCGGCACGGCCCCGGCCUCGCAGAUGUCUUCCAGUACGACCAGUGGCUGGCAGUGCGACACGAAGCCACCCUGGUGCCUAUGCAGGAGGAUCUGGCCAUCUGGCUCACCGGCAUGCUGGGAGAGGAGGUCAGAGCAGAGUUUUUCAUGGAGGAGCUGAACAACGGUGUGAAGCUCUGCCAGCUUAUUGGCGUGCUGCAGACUAAGAUCGCCCAGAGCUGCCCCUCAGCGCUCUGCAAGCUGUUCCCCACAAGGAAGGUUGCAUGUAAGCGGGACGCCUCUCCAGGUUCCUUCUUUGCCCGCGACAACACCGCCAACUUCCUGGCCUGGUGUCGACACAUCGGUGUGGAGGAGACCUACCUAUUUGAGUCAGAGGGCCUCGUGCUGCACAAGGAGCCUCGGCAGGUUUGUCUCUGUCUGCUGGAGAUCGGCCGCAUCGUCUCCAAGUACGGUGUGGAUCCUCCUGUGCUGGUGAAGCUGGAGAAGGAGAUCGAGCUGGAGGAGACUCUGCUGAUGACGGAGGAGCCGCCUCCGGCCGUCAAAACCUUCAGCGUGUGCUGCCAGCACGGCGGCCUCUACCAGCCGGGGGAGCACGGCAUGGACGACCCGCCCUGCAACUGUUCUAACAGAGUCUCCAUUGAGUACCUGUCUGAGGGCCGCUACAGACUGGGAGACAAGACCAUCUUUAUUCGGAUGCUUCAUGGUAAACAUGUGAUGGUGCGUGUGGGUGGCGGCUGGGACACGCUGCGUGGCUUCCUGAUGAAAUACGACCCGCUGCGAGUGCUGCAGUUCACCACUCUGGAGCAGAAGAUCCUGGCUUUUCAGAAAGGCCCCCCCGGCCUGGGAGGUCACCAUGGCGCUGGAGCUCCACCUCCUCCUCCCGACAUGGACCCCCUCGCCGCUGUCAACAACCUCAUCUCCUCCUCUGCCUCUUCUUCCUCCUCCACUUCAUCAUCUUCCUCUUCCUCCGGCUCAGCCUGUAAGCCGUUGCCUGUGGCAGCUGCCAGCCAGUCGUGUCGGUCCUACGCCGCCUCUCCAGCCUGCACGCCCACGUUGCCCAGGAAGGGGGCCGCCGCAGCGCCCAAGAAGAACCUCCAGAUGACAUCGUCCUCCCCCAGGAAGCCCACCCAGCUGCCCCUGUCCAUCACCACCAAAGGCUCCUCCUCUCUGCCUGCUACGCCUGUGGGAAGCUCCUCAAGACAGUCUCCCAGCCCGGGGAGUCAGGGUGUGCAUGUCCAACGCCGAGCUGUGACCCCAUCAGCAGCUCCAUCACCUGCUCCUGCAGAUCCGAGCCCUGCCCCCAAGCCGAAGCUCAGACUGUCACCCCGCGGGGCCGCCCCUCAGCCCAGGAGCCCCGUCUGCCCCGAGCCGUCUUCCAAAUGUCCCAAACCCUCCAGCCCCUGCAGCUCCCCCACCGCUGCCUCCGUGCCUCGCCCCGUCACUGCACCAGUACGGGCACCCACCUCUAAAGAUUCCCGACCCCCAACGGGCGCCAGCCAGCGCUCUCGCCUUGCACAGCGCCGUCCCGGUUCCCCAGCCUCACGCCUCCGUCUAGAGGCGGCUAGGCGGGUGCGUACGGCAACACGGCCCGCAGCCAUGCCAACUCCAAGAGCAGCGACGCCAACUCCACAAGCCCGGACACCCAACCCCAGCUCACGGACAGCCUCCCCAGCACUGCCAAAACCCGCCUGCUCCCUGCCCAAGAGCAAAGAAGCCACAGCCAAAGCUAAGGGGCCCGCCCCGACCAAGGCAGCUCCCGCCCCUCCACGAGGUACCACUGUCCCCGGGCGGGUCCCAGGGGGCAACACAGGCCCUCCUGCCGCCAGCAAAGCCAAUCAGAAAACACCAGCCACAGCACAGAGGGCGGGGCGGAAGCAAGCAGCCACAACUAACCCCAUCAACGGGAAGUCCACUCUAAAACCUGAAGCAACUGCAGCGCAAGCCCUGGCCCCGCAGAAAACCAGCCCCAACGUCAAAGCUGUUAAGACCGAGAUCAGCGUCAGUAAGAAGAUCCCACAAUGCAAGAGCAAAAGUGAGGACCCCUACUUCGAAAUGAACAGCAGAAGAAGGCAGAGGACGUAACGGAGGCCGAGGCCAAAAUCCAGCAGGCUGGUAGCACACAGCUUCUUAUCACAAACCAGCACUUGUUGGAGCUCAGACUCUUCAGAUAUAUAAAUAUUGUCACUAAUCCUCAUCAGAAUGCUUCUCAUUUUGACCUUUUUGUGUCUGAAAAUGUAUUUUUGUUUGUUGAAUUUUGUAUAUUAUUUAAUAGUCUUUUAUUUU